AUGAAUAGGAUACGCUGCUCCUUAUGUCCGGACGCUUCUAGUCAAAAAGACAUUCUGGAGAUACACAAGAGCUGCUACAUAAACGAGGAAUUCUUCAUCCGCUCCACAUGUUUAAAAAGGUCCAGACGGAAGAAAGAUCUGGAAACAGACGAGACACCUUGCCGAGAGGAUGGCCGUUCGGACGAAAAUACCUUCCACUGUUUGCCAAACCAAAGCAUGUUACGGAAAGAAAUUUACGGCACGAAACUAUAUUCCUCAGACUUAAAUACCUUUUGUGGCUCCCAGUAUCAAGUAUCGGGGAAAUCUGUCGACCAAAAGACCGAUUUUCAGCAGCACAUUGGCUCCCAUGAAAUUCGGACAACAAAACUUUUGCUUUACGUCAAUGAUUCAGAAGCCCCCAAACGUAGCGGUGAGUUAGAGACACCCGAACUCUUUUAUGCAGUUGAAAAUUUCUUGCCUUGCACGGAGUUGGAUGAAACAUUUAGCCAAAAGAAAGAUCUUGAGAGGCACGAGCGAGUCCAAACGAGUGAGAACUUAUAUCUCUGCUCCACGUGUGGUGAAACUUUCAGCCAAAAGAGAGAUUUUAAGGAACACAAGCGAGUCCAUAUGAGGAACAAUUCAUAUCUCUGCUCCACGUGUGGUGAAACUUUCAGCCAAAAGAGAGAUUUUGAGGAGCACAAGCGAGUCCAUAUGAGUGAGAACUUAUAUCUUUGCUUCACGUGUGGUGAAACAUUCAGCCAAGAGAGAGAUUUUGAGGAGCACAAUCGAUCCCACAUGAAGAACAAUUCAUAUUUCUGCUCCACAUGUGAAGAAAAAUUCAGCCAAGAGAGAGAUUUUGAGGAGCACAAGCGAGUCCAUAUGAGUGAAAACUCAUGUCUCCAUUCCAAGUGUAGAGGAACAUGUAGCCAAAAGAGAGAUUUUGAGGAGCACAAACGAGUCCACAUGAGUGAAAACUCAUGUCUCCAUUCCAAGUGUAGAGGAACAUGUAGCCAAAAGAGAAAUUUUAAAGAGCACCAGCCUUACCUCCCACCCAAACAACCCCACUCGUGUAAUUAUUGCCCCCAAUCUUUCAGUCAACUCGACGACUGCAUGAGACAUAUGAGCUUACAGCAUUUCUUCGGAUGCGAUAUAUGUGGAAAGUUUUUCAACCAAAAAUACAAACUGGAAACACACAUACGCAAUGAUCACAGUUACGGAUCAGAGGUACAGGUCUGCGGUAAUAAACGAAAUGAAAGACAAAAAUAUCACGGAGGAACAAUCCUUUAUUUGUACCACACAAGAAAACACAGCUCACAGUCGUCCCAAAGUAAUAUACAACAUGUUUAUAAUCCAAGUCAACUAGGGACGAUCACACGCAACCAAAAAUCCUUGGUCUGCUCCGCAAGUACAAAAAGUUUCGGUCCCAAGAACGAGGAUUCCUCAACAAGAACUUGUAGUCAUACCAAUAAUAGCAACAAAAAAACCUUUAUCGAACGGGAUGAUGAUAGUACUGAUUCAGACUGGAGGAUUCAUUACUGUUCGAUGUGUCCCGAAAAUUUCGCCACAAAAAAAGAUCUUACGGACCACGUGAUGCAAAACCACAAAGUUGCAAAGUCGAUUUGCUGCCUGAUUUGUUCAAAAACUUUUAGUCAGAGGAACCAACUCACGGAUCAUAUGAAUGCCCACGGGUUUGAUAAAGUUUUUGAGUGCCAAAGAUGUGAAAAAAUUUUUCCUUUUGAAAGGUGUCUCAUCGACCAUAUGAUUUACUUUCAUAAGAUCCCGAAAAAAGAUACCUGUUUCGGUCAACCAUAA